CAACGCGAAUUGCUAGUGGGAAAACGGGGAAAACAUUUGAGUGCAAUUUCAAAUGGAAAGGACCGUAAUGUCAAAAACAGAUGAUCAGUAUCCGUAUCAGAAUAUCUAGCAUUGUGUUGUUUAUGUUUAAUUCCAUCGGGUUCAGUAGGGCUCAGAGGUUUGUUGUGAAUAGUUUUAGCUUGCAGUAAUUUUAAGUAGGUGAUAAAUGUCUUCAAAUACAAUGUCGAGAAUCCUUUUGCUAAGCUCUGUUGGAAUCGGAAGUUAUUUCGCUGGUGUUUAUAUAGAACGGACGAAUAAACAAGCAUGCUCUAAUGAUGAUUACGUAAAGUCACCUGCUGGUGAUUAUCUUCAGCAGAAGCUUAAACCGAAACCGGGCCUUCCGAUUUUCGGAACGGUAUCUGCCGCUUCCCCCAUCCCAGCAAGUGGUGAUUUAUUGGUGCAGAGUAACGUGAGCCGUGUUGGCCAAAUAAUGAAAUUUGGGUUCCCAGGUUUAGACAACGUGAGGUCGUACGAUGAUUAUGUAUUGUCAUAUGACCGGAGAACACGGGUAGCUCAUUGGGUAUUUGAGCACCUAACCGCAGACAGAGUCAAGCAUAACGAUGCCGUAGAUCGAUCGAAGUGUGACUUCAAACCAGACGAAAGUGUUCAUCCGUUUUUUCGGUCUCUCAAUUCCGACUACAAGGGUUCGGGAUUCGACCGGGGUCAUCUUGCUGCCGCUGGUAAUCAUAAAGCAGACCAAAAGCACUGCGAGCAAACAUUUUUCUUAACUAACAUGGCACCACAAGUCGGCGUUGGGUUUAAUCGGGAUAAAUGGAAUAGCCUGGAAAGGUACGUUAGAAAACUUGCCAAAGAAUACCCGAACGUGUACUGCUGUACCGGACCGCUGUAUCUUCCUAGGAAAGAGUCCGAUGGCAAAUUGUAUGUACGCUAUCAGGUUAUUGGGGUUAACAAUGUGGCCGUUCCGACGCACUUCUACAAGGUGGUGGUGAUGGAAACGACCGAUCACCGACUGGAGAUGGAAGCGUACGUACUGCCGAAUCAAAAAAUAGACGAACAGACACCGCUGACAAUGUUCCAGGUGCCGCCGGAAACGAUCGAACGGGCAGCUGGAUUGCUCUUUUUCGAUAAAAUUGCCCGCAGUCAGCUUUCCAAAAUUAACGGAAAGAAAGUGUGAACAGAUGGUUUGAAUUUUAUUUGAAAAAUUUAUUAAAGCAUGAAUCAUUAAAAGUUUACAAUUUCGAGUAGUCUAAAUAGAAAUCAAUCCAAUCUUCACAUUUAUCAAUAUUUACCUGUAAAAUAAGACUUUUCGGACAUCUCUUUGAACAUAUUGAAUAGGAAAAAAUCUUAAAUUGCGGUUUUCAAUAGAGAUAAAUUCAAAUUUUUAUUCGAUAUCGCUAAAGCUACGUUAAAAUUAAAAUUAUAUUUUACGGUUAGCUUAAAAAUAAAUAGAUCGUGAUUUGAUGAAUUUUGUUGCCAACUCUCUUCAAGUCUUUAACUUUCAAAGACAAAAUCAUUGACAAUGAGCUAUGAUUAAAGAAAGUGGCAAGAGCUUGCAAUGGUUUUUUUUUCUAACGCUAGUAUAAUAAAACAUUAAU